AGCGUAUUCAGCGCUGAAGGUAGUAGGAAAUAGGGAUUGUUGUGCAAACAUUUUUCAAACAUCUGUAAUGAUUACAACAGGAAAAAUGUGUGCUGUUUCUUGUGAUUUUGGUUGUAAUGCAGCAUCUUCUUUCGUCGGAGUUGGAAGUUUGUUUCGUCACUAGUUAAGGCUAAAGCUUUUUCUAUUAUGGCUGCCUAAGUGAGUUUCAUAUCUCUUGCCCCAAUUGGGGUAAGGGAAGUGAGGGGGCAACUUGCUGUGCCAAGUGCUGGACAGUGAAUGUGCUUAUAAGACUGUACCUGAAGAAGGAUCGUUCCAACUGUGAUUAAAACAGCAGAAUUGUUAAAGUGUCCAGAACAUUGUUGGUGUAUGAAAUCAUAUCAAACAUUACCAAUUCAAGGAGAUAUCGUCACAAGCUGCAGAAGUUGCGGAAGUGUAAUGCCUUGGAUUUUGAUUUGAUAGCAUAUGAAAGACUGAAUUUUGUAGGGGUGCCUAUACCAAUGCACAAACCCCAUUUUGUAUAGAUAUGUACAUAAUAAUCAAUAUAAAAUUACCUAUAUUCUAUUUUUAUAUAUAAAUGCCUGUUUAUUGCCACACACAGAUGAAAAGAGAGGAAACAUAAGAAUUGUAUUUGUUCUUUAAGACAAAAUUUGUCACGGUUUGUUGCACCCAUAGUAAAAUAUAUGGUUUUGGUUAUGCCGGCAAAUAUAUCAUGUACUUUCUACACAUGAUUAACAGUAUGUCCAUAUUUUUGAAGAUAUGUUAUCAUGGAAGCUAAGCUUGAUAGGUGGUGUGAAGGGAUCCACUGCUGUACCUAUGACAGACGAAAAUUAACAAGGACAAACACAUACAUGAGUUUUUCACAAACAGCAUCUGUCUGUUGCAAGCUGCUUCAGAAGCUAAGAUAACAGAAUUGAGAAGAAUCUCCACAUUUAUUUGAAGCAAAAAGAUUGCAUAACACUAGGCAACACAUACCAAGGUUCAAGAUUGGAAUCAUUUUCAACGCUAGCUGUUUGAGGAAGACUCUUGUGGUGAAAGUGACUUAAGAAGACCAAGGCCUAAUUUAAAACAUAUUUCACAAGAUAUCUUUGGCUGGUUUACUUCGAAAGAAAAGAGAAGAAGAAUUAAAGAGGUGUUGGGUAUUGCACAAGACAGGAAAGAAGAGAUGAAUGUGAUUGAACGUGAGUGUGUUGUGGGAAGAUGCACGUCAGUGCAACAUGGAGGCCAGUUGGCUGCAGCUGCUACCAUGAGGGCAGGAGGGCCUCUCCUGAUGGCAUACAUGCGAUGGCUAUGUGGUACAUGUGGUCGCAUAACUGAUUCCUCAGGACGCACAGUGCUGCAUCUAGCAGCAUCGUGUGGACACGGAGCUGUUGUCCGUUGGUUAGUUCGACGAGCAGAUGCCAGUAUUGAUGUGCGUGACAUAGAGUCUGGUUAUACUGCUCUUCAUCGCAGUAUUUUCUAUGGCCAGAUCCAUGUAGCUACUGAUCUAAUAAAGAUGGGAGCAAGCAUGGCAAUAAGAGAUUGUGAUGGUCUGACUCCAAUUGAUCAUGCAAUGAAGGAUCGUCCACCGAUUGUUGAAUUUAGUAGUCAAAAUCUGUGUGAAGUUUAUGUGUGGGGGACAAAUAAUAACUACAGUCUAGGAACUGGAAAUGAACAGAGUCGCUCACAGCCAGAGCUACUGGAUGCCUUCAGAAAGCAGGGUAUAAGUAUCAAACAGGUAGCAAUGCACAAGUUCCAUUCUGUGUUUGUGUCACAUGAUGGAAGAGUGUUUUCUUGUGGACAUGGGCAGGGUGGAAGGUUGGGUUUGGGUUCAGAAGUAGCUGUUCUUGCACCCUGUGCAGUGCGCCUGCAGAACUCUGGAAGCCACAGCCCUGAUGGAUCUUCUGUUUCAUGCACCGUGGCCUGUGUGGGGCGGGAUCACACUGUCUUUCUCAUGGAAAAUGGGACAGUGUGGUCAUGUGGUCUCAACUCAUAUCAUCAGUUGGGUCACUCACCACCCCCUUCCAGUCUCUUGUUACCUCGACAGUUGACCCCACGCUCUGUACAUGCAGCCGGAGAUUCAGUUCUUGGAAUCUGUGCUUCUCGUUUCCACACUGUUAUCUGGGGUCAGCGAGCUGUGCUUACUUGCGGCCUGAAUACAGGGCAGCUGGGCCAUUCAAAGGGACCUAGCUCUACCAUUGUUUUACCCAGACAGGUGUCAACACUCACUCAUAAGGCUGCAAAAGUGGUACAAGUGGCAGCUAGUGAUGGUGCUACUGUUGUGGCUGUAGAGCGAGGAAUAGCAGCAGGGGGCACCAGUAGUGCACCAGGCGCUGAUAUCUACCUGCUGCACAAGUUUCAGUGCCGUAAAAUUGUAACCAGACAAGUGGGUCUGGUACAACUGGCUGUUGUUGGAGGUCAUCUUGAUACAGCAAUGUUAGAUCAAGGUCAACAGGGCAAUAGCGAGAACAGGGAGGAGGAACAACAGCUUCGAGUGUUGAUAUUGGACAACAGGGGACAACUUUUCUUGUGGCAAGACAGUGUCACUCAACAGCUCUCAAGGUGUACGUUUUUACUGGGGAGACCUCUGGUGUUGACUAUGGUGGCUGCCCAGACUCGUGGACACCUGCUUCUGGUUACUCGAGAUGGUGAGGCAUUCCAGGGAGAACUCAGGGGGCAACGAUCUGGUACAGAGUUCACAGCAGUACAAGUUAAACGCAUUCCUAAUGUGCACCGAGCUGUUGCCGUUACAUCUGACCCUAAAGGGAGAAAUUUUGCAAUUGUACAGGCUCAUCCGAUAGCUUGUCUGCUUGAAGUGCCACAAAUGGAAACAUCGGGCAUGAAACAGCAUUUAGACAGCCUGCUACAAGAAGCCAGUGAAGAUGAUGCUAUUCAUGAUGUUGUGUUUCAGGUUGGCACAGUCAGAUUUCCAGCUCAUCAAUUCAUUGUGGCAAGUCGUUGCGAGGUUUUGGCAAAACGUAUGGUGGAACAGAGUGGAACUUUUGAUGUUAAUGAGAUUGAGUUGAAAGGCAUGAGACCUGAUGUUUUCAGACAGGUCUUGCAGUUUAUCUACACCAAUGACUGCUCUCUGCUUCACACCGGUGAAUGCCCCAUCAAAAUGAUGUCUGAGGAUGAUACAGAUAACACGAACAGGGGUAAAGAAGAUCUUGUUGACAACAUUCUUGGACUGAAUGACCCAAAUUCAGUGUCUGCAUUUGAAGUUUAUUGUAAGAAAACCUACCAUCAUAGCAAUAACAACGAAGUAAACAGCACGAAGCAGAAGGCUGUGACAACCUCCACCAGCAAUCCUCUCCGACUGGUUCAAGAAGCUGCCAGAAAAUUUAAAUUAACUGUUCUUAGCUCAGAAUUGGAAAAAAUCAGGUAUGAGGACGGUCACAUUAUGAUGAAGCAAGGCUGUCAACCUUCACGCCUGAAUGCCCCAUUCUUGAAAAGAGAGGAUUAUCAGAACUUGUAUGAUGUGAGGAUCCGCAGUGAGGACGGAAAUGAGCUGCGUGCCCACAGAUGUGUACUCGUUGCAAGAUUAGACUACUUUCGUAGUAUGUUGUCUGGAAGAUGGGUUGAGAUGAGUGGUAAUAAUGCCUGUGUGAUGAGUCUUCCACUGCCUUAUGCCAUCCUGGAACUUCUGCUGGAUUUUCUGUAUACUGAUGCGGCACCAAGUGUUCUUACAUCCAAGGACCUGGAGUUUUUGAGCAAUGUUUUGGUAGUGGCUGAUCAACUGUUUGUGCUACGACUCAAGGAAGCUGCAGAGGUUGCAUUGGCAAACUUGCUUACAUUGCGCAAUGUAGCAGAAGUGCUCCAGCUCUCAGGAACUUACAACGCAGACCAACUUAAGCAGUGUUGCUUUCAGUACAUAUCGCUUAACCUUCCAGCUGUCCUUGAAGCUAGAAUCUUAGAGUCUGUGAGCAGGCAGCUGCUUGAAGACUUGACCAAGUACUACUGUGAGUUCAUCCCAACCGUGAGGCACCGAAUAGUUACGCCGUACUCCACUGCUCCAAGCCAUGAGUUGCUAAACGCUAUUAAUGAUGCACAUCCUAUCUCUCCAUGGGAUGAAGAUGAUAGCAGCAUCAGUGAUGAAGACUUUGCCAUGUUGAAGAAAGGCAUUAAAACAAUGAAGAAGAAGAUUCGAUAUCGCAAAUCCAGUACAGGUGAUGGCGGCAGCAACAAGAGAGCAAGUUCUCGAACCCACAAAGAAUUGGUGGGAUCAAAUAACCCAUGGGGCGGUGAGACGCCUAUAGAUCACCAAGAUUUAGACAUGCGUGAAUUGGUUGAGAAGCAUGAUGAGAGCCAGCUCAUAAACCAGUCAGAGAAUGACUUCACCUUGUCCCUCAAUAACAUGAUGCUUUCCACCAGCCCAGAUACAAAUCCACCUCCCAUCCCUCAAAAAACCAAGUCACCGUGGGUCAAGAUCAUCAACCAUUAUGACAAGCAGCAACAGAUUGUGAAGGCUCGACUGAAGGUUGUCUCAGCUGCUAGGGAAACGCCUGUCCAACCUUCUCCUGACUCUUUCACUAAACUUGUGUCUCGACAGCACCAGAGCACAAGUUUGGUGGAGACAUCGUCUCCUAUCAGCAUAGUAACCAUGACAGAGACAGAUUUUCCUGAACUACAAAGAUCUUCCCCUCCAACUCAUCAUGAUCACAACAAAUCACCAGGACAGAAACACAGUGAAAUCAAGAAGGUGACAAAAUUAUCUCAAAAGCAACGCAAGAAACUUGCAGCUGAGUAUCAGGUUGGAUCUCCAGAAACGACAGCUUUUGAAUCUGUACAGUCUACACCAGCCUGGGGAAACGUUUCUAGAACCGACCCACCAGCCAGUAUGAGCCUCUCUUUACUGGACAUCAUGAAGCAGGAGAUGCAGCUGACCCGAGUUCCACACGGCUCUGUACCCCCGCAACAGCAGCAACAGCUGAGCACUUCACCAGGAUCUGGACCCAACCCGUGGCUCCGAGGGGCAGAGAACAACUGCAAAUCACCACAGCAGCAUUGUGAAAAUUCAUCAGUUGUGAAUUUCUUGGACAUUGUGGCUGAUGAGAAGAAGCAGAGGGAGAACUGGAGUCGGAUGAGAUCAAAGCCACUCCAACUAACUCAGUUGGAAGACCAAGCCAUAGAGGACUUGCUGGUAUUUUACAACGCAGCAGGAGCCGUGGAAGAACGUAUAACGGUAAAGCGUGUCGUCACAGGAACUGUGGCCCCGCCUACAUGGAUCACUUCACACCACUAGCAUCAAUGUUUGUGGAAAUGGUUCAGCUACUUAUUAUUCUCAUGAUUAUGAUAUAGCACCGUACAACUUGAUCCUUGUAUUACUUAACUAAACUGUAAAUCCUCAUUUAUCCGAAGUAGUGAUUAGACUACUGUGAAAUAUUGUAGUUUUAUGUAGUAGCAUUCAACUCAAUUAUUAUGUUCUUCUUCCUCCUUUAAAAGUUUGCUUUUAUUUUGGAAAAUUUUUGCAUAUUUUUAUUUUGAAAUCCUUAAACAAGGUAUUACAGAGCUUAAAUUUUUCAACAAUGACAAUACGAGAUGUUCAUCAUGUAUUGAAAUAAGGGAAUUGGAGCGCGCUAUCUAAGUGAUAUGUUUGGGGGAGAAUUAUCAUGGAAGUUCUUAAAUGAAAUUACCAGACAUUUAAUUCAAAGCGUAAAUUUUCUUUUUGUGGGGAUUUUAUGAAAGACAUAUUGGCAGUUAAAACAUGUUUAUUCGGUGUAAUUGUCAUUUAUUUUCACCCAUAAUAAUGGGAACUUGCAAUUGUUAUUUGUGUUCAAGCUUUACUCAAGUUCUGUUAGUUCGUGUAAAGACAUCAACAUUAUUGCCUUCCUCUUUGAACUUAUUUUGCCCAUUUUUAUGUGCCUGUUCCUGUCUGACUUGUAUCUUUUGAAUGUACAUGGUCUUAAAAUUUAAUUAUGUUACAAAUUAAGUUGAUCCUCGUAGGAACAUAGAUUGUUGUGAACAAAAUGCGUGUGACUUGACGCACACACUUCUCUGUUGAGUAAAUUUUUAUGCUUGGUAUGAAAAUUAAAUAGGUGUUUUUCUUUUAUUAGUGCAGUGGUUUUUAGUCUGUGAGCCCAUUUUUGGAUCAGGACUGUAAGAAUAAGGACAAUUUGAAAAACCUGAAAAUUUAAUAUUAUACGUAUUUAUUUAGCGAAGCGUGACGUUUUUGUGAAUGAAAUACUGAUCUUGUCAGCAUUUAUGUUGCCAGUCUUACAUGUAUGUGCAUUUGCAGCUGUGUGGAGUGUUAUUAAAAUUACUCUGUCCUCCUGUCUGUACGUGUAAUGACUCAUUUAUUUCUUUAGAGAGUUUGUUUCUGCCUUUUGUGGAGAUGUUUGAAAUUCUUUCAGUAGUAAUUAAUGUAUUUGCUCGUUGUAUGAAAUUUGAUAAAUGCCAUUUCGUGAUAUAUUUGACGUCAUUCACAUCUUUCUUUUGUAACUUCUGUCUCGGUUCCAAACGUGGCAAAUGUCACGGUGGAUUUAUGAGGAUUUACUGAACUGCAAAACAAUGGGCACUUCGUAGCUCCAUUUAAGAGCUCCUUGAAUUGUGUACUGUGGAGCUGCGGUAAAAGAAAAGUAGUUUAUUUGAAGGUUGUGUGUUAUAUAUUUAUUAUAAAAAUAGUGGAGGGAUAAGUAUAAAUAAAUUAAACAAAAAUAAUUAAA